CAGACCCCGCCCCCUCCGCCCCCGCUCGGAGCCCGCGGAGCCGCGCAGGGGCCUCGGGGGGGCCCGGGGCGGUUUCGGGGGGUCCCGGGCGGUUCUGGGGGGCCCUGAGGGGUCCCCGGAGGCGCCGCCAUGAACCGAGAGGAGCUGACGUACCUGGGCGUGCUGCUGGGCUCCAUCCCCGUGGGCUUCGUGCUCAAGGAGCGCGGCCCGCGCUGGCGGCAGUUCGGGGGGGCGGGGCUGGGGGCGGGGCUGGCGCUGCUCACGUGCGGGCCGCACCUGCUGCACUCGCUGGGCACCGUGCUGGGCACCUGGGUCCUGCUCACCUGCCUGCCCAGGCGCUCGGGGGGCGCCGCCCUGCUCUGGGUUUUGGGGUACCUGCUCUUCUUCCGCACGCCCUGGGUCUGGGGGCUGCCCGAGCCCCCCCCCUACGCCAACGCCCUGCAGCUGCUGGUGACGCUCAAGAUGGCCAGCCUGGCCAGUGACGUGCAGGAGCUGCGGGAGGCGGAGCUUAAGGGGGUGACGUCAGAGGAGACGCGGCUGCUGAUUGGCUCGCUGAGGCGCGUGCCGAGUUUGAUUGACAUCCUGUGCUACAGCUACUGCUACCUGGGGCUGCUGACAGGUCCCUUCUACCGCCUGGGCACGUACCUGGACUGGGUGUGGGGUCCCCCCGGCCCCCCCGCGCUGCGCCGCCUGCUGGCCCACGUGCGCUGGGCGCCCGCCCUGGGGGUCCUGGGGGUCCUGGUGGGCCGGGCCUGGCCGGCCAGGGCCGUGCUGGAGCCGGGGUUCGAUGCCCGGCCCUGGGGCGCCCGGCUGGCGCUGAUGGUGCCCGUGUUCCUGGCACUGCGGCUGCGCCUCUACGUGGGCUGGCUGUGCGCCGAGGGCGGCUGCGUCUGCGCGGGGCUGGGGGCGUACCCCAAAACUGCGAGGGCUAAACCGGGACAGGGACCCACUGUGAGCUGGGAGAGACCCAAAACGUGUGCUGAUAUCCCUGAUAACCAAUGGGAUUUCGAGUCCAUCCGCACCGUGGAUCCCUGGGGCACCGAGGUCGGGCGGCGCUUCCGGGGCGGCCUCAGGCGCUGGAACAUGACGGUGCAAUGGUGGCUGGCGGCGUACGUGCACCGCCGGGGACCCCGCCAGUACCCCGUCAUCAGGAACGCCUGGACCAUGCUGGUCUCCGCCUACUGGCACGGGCUGCAC